AUGCCCGUGCAAAUAGACCAGUCCUCCGCACCGGGGGCCCCGUCCAAAACUGGUAUCACCUGGACAGGCCCAAUGCCAUUCCUCGUGGAAAGCCCCGUCUCCUCCGACUUCCUAACGGUGCCAUUAUUCGACGGGAUGCAAGAAUGGUCAAUGAGCGGCAGCACACCGAGGGUACCCGCUUCAUUUGCAGAGGGACUGGAUAGCUUCCAGCAGCAACACCAACACCAACACCAACAAACCUUCAUGGACGCCCUCAUUGAGCUCGACCUCUUCUCCCCAGACCAACCAACCCCUCCGUACAUGCGCCCGCACCCCCACCAGCACCUCGCAUCAAAAGACCCCCUCCGCGACGAUAGCACUACGGCCCGCCACCACCCCUUAGCCGCAAGUCCACCUUCCUACCCCGUAGCCAUGCACGAGCUCACCUCGCGCGGUAGCGUCAGCAGCAUCAGCAGCGGCAGCUCCGCCGGCAGCGCGGGAAGCUACAGCCACGCGACCCAGCGGCCGAGCGACUUGUUGGCCCAGCAUCCGUGCAGCUAUUCUCCCGACCGCGAAACAGUCAAAAAUCAGAAGCGCGAGCGGUUCCUGGAGCGCAACCGGAUCGCGGCCAACAAGUGCCGGCGUAAGAAGAAGGAGCACAUGCGCCAGCUCGAAUGCAAAUGCAUGGAUGUGACGCAGGCCAACACGCGGCUGGAGAGCGAGGUCAGCCAGCUGCGCAGCCAGAUUCUGGAGCUGAAGAACGA